UGUGUACACUGUAAACACGUUGCUGUACUUUUCGCCAUGGAUGUUGCCGAACAAGCUGUCAGGACUAACCAAGUGAAGGAUCAAGUCGGCGAAAGAUGCCAGAAACUAUUUCAAGAUUUUUUGGAAGAAUUUUCAGUGGACGGCGAACAGAAAUACUUGUCGGAAGUGCAGGAAUUAAUUAGACCAGAAAGAAACACACUCACAGUCAGCUUCGAAGAUGUCGAAAAGUUCAACCAACAGCUGUCUACUACAGUUCUGGAGGAAUACUACAGAAUAUAUCCAUUUCUCUGUCGUGCCGUCCGAAAUUAUGCAAAAGAUUGGGGUCAGAUACCCCCUGCAAAGGAGUUUUAUGUCAGUUUCACAGAUGUCCCAACCAGACUGAAGUAAGUUUCAGGCAAUGCUU